AUUAAAAUUUUGUGAUUCUUUCGUUAUACUUAUACUCUUGUAUUUUCAACUUAAUCAUAAAUUCUUGUGGUAGUUUUUAAUCGUGUUUAAAUAUGAAAGCAAAAAUGUUUUAUCUUUUUUAUCCCAAAUUGCUACAAAACACAAGUAGUUAUCAAACAUUUAGCUUAAAACGUUUUAUAAAUUCUGAUCUAAAACCUAACAUAAAAGAAACUGCAAAUUUAUUACUUAGAAAUGAUGUUCCACCACUUGUUGACUUAUAUGGACGUAAACAUGACUAUUUACGAAUCUCCCUAACUGAAAAAUGCAAUUUAAGGUGUCAAUACUGCAUGCCGGCCGAAGGUGUAAAGCUUAGUCCUCGUGACAAAAUAUUGUCUAAUGAAGAAGUUUUACGAUUGGCAAGAGUGUUUGCCACUCUUGGUAUAAAUAAAAUACGGUUAACUGGUGGCGAGCCUACAUUGAGAAAAGACCUUGUGAAUAUUGUCCAGGAAUUGACCAACCUCCAUGGGAUAUCGACAGUGGCAAUGACAACUAAUGGUAUAGCCCUAACAAGGAAAUUACCUUCGCUACAACGUGCUGGUCUCUCAGCUCUGAAUUUGUCUUUGGAUUCGCUGAAACCAGAACGUUUUGAGCGCAUGGCACGAAGACCGGGCUUACCCCAUGUGCUGGCCAGCAUGGAUUUGGCGCUGCAGCUUGGCUUCAAAUCCGUUAAAAUUAAUACCGUACUUAUGAAAGGUUUUAAUGAUGACGAAAUUUGCGAUUUCAUUGAACUAACUCGCGACCGUGAUAUGGAUAUAAGGUUCAUAGAGUUCAUGCCUUUCUCUGGGAACCGUUGGGAGAAAGGGGAACGUAUGGUUAGUGAGAAAGAUGCUAUCUCUGCUGCAAUCGAGAGAUACGGUGAUCUGAUACCGCUCCCGCCAACUCCGUGUCGCACUGCCACGCUGUGGCAGGUGCCAGGUUAUACUGGUCGGGUGGGUUUCAUAUCGUCCAUGACUAAGCCGUUUUGUUCAACUUGCAACCGUCUUCGACUCACAGCAGAUGGUAAUUUGAAGGUUUGUCUGUUCGGGGAAUCGGAGACUAACCUCCGUGACGCCAUACGAGCUGGUGUCAACGAUGAUGAUAUUGAGACCUUAGUCCGUAGCGCUCUUAGGAGGAAGUUACCUCGACAUGCUGCGGAACCGCGGCGACUGCAGGCGCGGGCGUUCUGCACCAGUGCCCCCCAGCAACCCCCCUCUCCUCCCCCCACCCGCCGCCGUCUGCCACAGGAGACUGAAGAGGACGGAGUCAUGACGCACUUAGACAAGUCGGGACGUGCUCGCAUGGUCGAUGUAGGUGAAAAACCGGUGACUGUUCGAACUGCCGAAGCGGAAUGCUAUCUUGUUGUUGGAGCUCGUCUGCUACGUCUAUUGCGCUCGUCCGGCGUACCGAAAGGCGACGCGCUGACUGUCGCUCAGGUAGCUGGUACAAUGGCGGCCAAGCGUACAUCAGAUCUGAUACCCAUGUGCCAUCCGCUAGCUUUGACCUUGGCUCGGGUCCGAGUGAUGUUGCCAAAGGAGAGUGAGCGCGGGGGAGGUGGCCGUGUACGAGUAACGUGCCAGGCGCGUGCAACAGCAAAAACUGGUGUGGAAAUGGAAGCGCUCACCGGAUGCUCCGUAGCGGCGCUAACUUUGUAUGACAUGUGCAAAUCGGUGGACAAAAACAUGCAGAUUACUGAUCUCAAGGUGAUAUCGAAGACUGGUGGCAAAAGUUCCUGGGGUGAUGUAGAAGAGAAAGAAGAGGAAGGUUUUGGACCUAAAGUACGCGAACAUGAUACGUCGCCGCAUGCACCUGGAGAGACAUACGUCCCUACUAAUUUGUUAUACUUUUAGCAUAAGCGUUGUCUAAUUCUAUUUUAUUUUAUAUAUUAUGUUUACUUCCUAAUCGCUUAACAUAUGAUCCUAUUUUUGUAUUUUAAGCAAAAAAUUGUUCUGAUACAGACUAUUUUACUAUUUUAGGCAUAAUUGUUAUGGGAUACUUAUUUUUAUACAUGUGGUGCUAAUGUUUAAUAAGGAUAUCAUUCCAUAGAUAUUUUUUUAUAUCAAUAAGACUUAAAGAAUUUAAAAAAUAAAUUCAUAUUUUUGUAGAAUAUUAAAUAAAAAAUACGAAUUUUAGAUAUCACUCCUGUGAUUAUAAACAUGUGAGUUGUGUUUGAUUUUUUUUAAUUUUAUAAUCAUAUUGUCUCGAUUAUAUUAUAGACAUAUAUAUACAAAAAUAAAAUAAUCUAUUGUCAA